AGCUGCUCAUGUGACAGUCAAAUGACCCGUAGGCUACAGCUGAAAUCCGUAAACAUUAACGCUAUGGAUCCUUCUGCUGCUGUGUUGACUCUUGCUAGCGAGCCUCAAUGUUAUUAUCUCAGGGCUUAAAAUACAUUGUGGGCCUAACAAAUGUCGAUGAUGUGCUGCGAUGGCUAUGUUGUUAUUGUAAUAGACGAAAUGUCGGAGACGGGUGUAAAAUGAGGACGAGGUUUCUAAGAUCAAACUACACUGUGUGGUUGUAUGUAUGUGGCUAGGUGACGUUAAAGUGGAGAGAAACCGAGCGAUUACGUCAACUGGCAAACGCUGUCUUGUGCUGUGUGUGGUAUCUCGUUAUACAGCACAACCACUUCACCCUAUCAGCACAGUAGGCUAACGUUAAUGUUCCAAAGGAGCAUGGAGGCACCAGAGUUACCUGUGGAGAUAAUUACCUACAUCUUCAGUUUCCUUCAUGUGUCGGACAGAAAAGAGGCUUCAUUGGUUUGCAGAAGCUGGUAUGAAGCAAGCCAAGACUAUCAGUUUCAGAAGAAUGUAACCUUUAAGUUGCCCGCCUGCUCUUCCUCCUUGGAGGUAAUUCGGGGACUCGGUAAGCGGUCCCGCUGUGGCCUCGUCAUUAGUCACCUGGAUGGGUCCAGUUUGUCCAGAGCUCUUCUGAUGGAGGUGGCCAUGCACUUAGGGCCCAGUCUGGAGACGCUGUCGUUGCCAGGUAGCAGCAUCACUGAGUCCUCCCUUCUUGACCUCCUGCCACACCUCACUGGCCUGCGCAAGCUGGACCUCCGAGGCCUGGACAGCCUCUUCAUGUCAGGAGCUUUCCUGUCUCGAGAGGAACAUCGUCACCAGGUACGAAAGGCCUUGGAGGGUCUUGAGGAGUUGAACCUGUCAGACCUGAGGUACCUCUCAGACCUUUCCUUCAAUCGGCUCACAGGCUGCACCCCGAGACUGAGGAGGCUGGCUCUCUCUGGCUGCCACAUUGCCUUUGAGUUCGACCCGUACCGGGGGUGUCCUGUUGGGCCCGACUCCUCCGCCCUGCUCUCGCUGAGAAACCUCCGCCGGCUCCUUCAGCAGCAGGCCAGUACGGUGCGAGCUCUGGACCUGAGCCGGACCAGCAUCACCCCGGAGUCGCUGCGCACGGUGGCCCAGGUGCCGGGCCUGGCUCUGGAGGAGCUGUGUCUGCGCGGCUGUAAGGAGCUGUCUGACCACGCUGUGGAGGUGCUGUGCCGCCACCAGCCCGCCAUCCGGAGUCUGGACCUCAGCUCCUGCACCGAGCUCACCAGCCGCGCUGUGCAGGCCGUCACCUCGGGCCUGAAGGGGCUGCAGGUCCUCUCGCUGUCGCGGGAUUGGCGAGUGACCGAUAAGGGUCUAGCAGAGCUCAUGAAACUGCCAAGCCUGCAGAGGCUGGACCUCUCGGAGUGCUUGCAUGUCAGUGGUGCUGAGAUGAUCAAGGGACUCUCAUCUCCACCGCCCAGGGCCCAACUGGAGAGCCUCAGCCUCAGGAGCUGCACCUAUAUCAGGGACAUUGCAAUUUUCUCACUCAGUCAGCUGCUAGGCCUGAGCUUGAGAGUGCUCGACCUCACUUCCUGUGUCUACCUCACUGAUCUAAGUGUGCGGUCCAUUGCCACGUAUAUGCCGGGGCUGCUGGUGCUGCGCCUGGGCUGGUGUAAGGAGAUCACGGACUGGGGGCUGCUGGGAAUGGUGGAGCCCACUAAGGAGUGUGAACCCAGCACUGAGAAGGAAGACAAAGGGCCAAGCUUUACACGCACAUUUGGUAACAUGGGCUUCUUUCAGCCUCCCAGCCUGCCCUUUCAGGAGAAACCGCGGCUGGUGACUGAUGAGGACCUGGGGGCUUUCCGAGAACAGAUGGGGGCCUCUCUGCUUGCCAUCAGGGGGAUCCAGGAGCUCGACCUGUCGGCCUGCUCCAAGAUCACAGACAGCAGCAUCACGCAGGUGGUGCGCUUCCCAGACCUGCAGCGCCUGUCUCUCUCCAUGCUGCCCGAGAUAAGUGAUGAGAGUUUGGCGUCGGUGGCCUUCUACUGCCGGAGCCUCACCAGCCUGGCACUCAACCACUGUCCUCAGAUCAGCGACCAGGGAAUCGCCAGAGCGGCGCCGCUGCUCCCCAGGCUGCAGCACCUGCAACUGGCCUGCUGCGAUGCCGUCACUGACCGGUCUCUGUCUGUCUUGGCAAAGCACUGCAAAAGGCUCCAGACAUUGGACAUUUCCAUGUGUAAAGACAUUACCAUAACAAAAGUGGACUUCCUGCAAUCCCAACUGCCCUACCUGGAGAAUGUCCAGUGUCGCUUUGUGGGUGGAGCAGACUUGACCAUAACUCUUUAAUGGAAAUAGAGAAACAAAUGAAUAAAUACUUCCUUUAGUAUGUUGAGGAGAGGAUGUUAAGAA